GUUGUAAAUUUAAUUAAAGUCGUUCAUGAUUAAAUAUAAAACAUUGAACUUUAUACAGUACCGACAACUUAAUAUAAAUUCUUUGAAAAUUACAAAAGAUUUGAAUUUACAGAAUAAACAUAACCUCAAAAUUGUAUCAUGUCUUCAGAAAAGUUAAAAGAAACGGGAAAACUUUGUAUACCAGGCAUGCGCCUUAGUUUAUCCAACAAAGAGUUCGUCUCUGGACCAGGAACAUAUGAACUUAGGGGCUAUAUUUACGCUACUUUGUGUGGAACUCUUAAAAUGGAACUGGAUGAAAAUGAGGUAACAGUAGUUUCAGUGGAAAGCCCUAGAACACCAAGUAUUCUGCCUAGGACCGGAGAUAUAGUAACAGCUAAGGUGACAGUUGUGAACCCACGGAUGGUCCAAUGUGUAAUACUAUGUGUUGGCUCGUCAGUUCUAGUGAGGCCUUAUAGAGGAAUACUAAAAAAAGAAGAUAUUAAAGCUACAGAAAAGGAUAGAGUUGACCCUUAUAAGUGUUACAGACCUGGAGAUGUGAUCUUGGCAAGAGUUCUACCUAUGACGGAAAUUCACUGGUACCAUCUGUCUACAGCUGAGAAUGAACUCGGAGUGGUUAUAGCGACUGCGGAAGGUUCUCCCCAGGGUAUCAGUAUGCUACCUAUAAGCUGGUCAGAAAUGCAGUGUCCUAAAACAUUAGUAAAAGAGUCCAGGAAAGUUGCUAGAGUCAUCCCAGAAAACAUUAACGAGGCAUUGUUUCCAGUUAAAGAUAAUUCAACAACAGAAUUGGAAAUAAAACAAGAUAAGUGAAUACAAACAC